AUGGCGGAGCCAAGUUCCACUUAUCUAUACGUGCCCAGUGAGGAUGAACAAAAGGCAAUCAGCAUCCUUUUGGUCUUGUCUGCCAGCCUUUCAUUGGUUGGUUCCUCCUGCAUUGUUUAUCAUGUCCGACACAACAGCAAGAGCACGCCUUAUCGAAGAAUAAUGCUUGGGAUGAGCGCCUGUGAUAUCGUGUCUACGAUAGGCUACGCCUUGCAGCCAUAUGUCGGUCUGAAAGGAGAAUCAAACUCCUUUGUAUGGUCUUUUGGAAAUGCUGCUUCCUGUUCGUUUAUCGGUGCACUGGCGCAGUUUGGAUUUUCAGCUCAUCUGUACUCGGCGGCGCUUUCCUAUUACUUUCUGUCAACCAUUCGGUAUGGUACCCGUGAAGCUGUCUUUGCGAAAAAGUACGAACGAUGGAUACACGUAGCAAUUAUUUUAUGGUCUGUGGCGACCGCGAUCGUCGGUAUUGCUUUGGACAUCUUUCAUCUCAAUGAUCUAGGUCCAGGAUGUUGGGUCAGCGGCACUCCAGACUGUACUGGUGUUCGGUGUUGGGCUGAGCUAAUAGCGUGGGUGAUGGGUGGUAUUCCAACGCUGCUGUCGUUCUUUUCUAUUUUGAUCAACAAUCUGAAACUGUACUGUUUCGUACGCCAAACUGUGCGAGAGGGCCAGCGGAGAGCCUUGGAAAAAGAGAGCCAGAUGAUAUCUUACAGACUAAAUAAUCAUCAACAAGUACAGGAUAAUGUUCCAAUGGAUACUUCCAACCACAACAAGGAGACCAGGAGUAUGAAGAGACAGUCAAGUGUAUUGACAUCAUCUGAAAAGCAAUGGAAGCGGGUGCGAGAAGUUGGUAGACAAUCCUUUCUCUAUGUCGGAGCCUAUUUGCUUUCAUUUCUUUGGACCAUAAUAAAACAGGCGCUUGACGGCCAAGAUUUUGAGAGGUCUCCUGGCUCGGGAACCUUUCUGUUACCAUUAUCGAUAUUACAGGCCAUCUUUCUUCCAGCCCAAGGGCUGCUGAAUGCGCUCAUAUUUUUUCGGCCCAAAUACAAGCAAGCUCGAAAACUAUACGGUGAGCAACCCCGACUAUGGUUAGCCAGAAGAGCCGUACUUGGAGGCAACCUACGUUCCAUGGAGACCAACACACUUGAUCCAAUGAGUCGUCGUACUACUGGUGGAUCUAGGGCCCCAGUGAGCCAACGUAGUGUAUCAGCGUCGGUGGUAGUGGGACAAAAACGGGUCAACUUUGCCGGGGAAGUUGUAUCGCGAUGCUCGAAUCCAAUGCUGGAUGUGCCACAGAAUGAGGCAUUGCCUGCAGAAGGAGAGCACCAGUCGACGCCAUCUGAGCAUGGGUAG